AUGACUGGGGAAACAGGCAGGUGUGUGUGGAUGCCGGUGUUUCUGAGAGCACCUUCAGGCCUGGUGGGUGUGGCCCUGCCAGGUGGUUGGCCACACCUGAAGACCAUCACACAGCUGAUCAAGCUUCGUUGGAGGAGCCGCUUUAAAGUGUGGUGGAGCUCUCUCCAACGCUGGAUCGUUGAACUUAAUGAUAUUUUAGAAGAUGAACAAAACGUGUUAUUCAUUGAAGUGACUGUGUGCUGGUCUCUCAGGUAUGACAUUGCCCUCCUGCGUCUGACAUCUGAUGCUACUCUCAAUAACUACGUCCAGCUCGCCGCUCUGCCUCCUGCUAACCAGGUUUUGCCUAACAACAACCCCUGCUAUAUCAGUGGAUGGGGUCGCACCCAGACUGGAGGUCAGAUCUCCGCCCAGCUGAAGCAGGCCUCUCUGCCUGUUGUUGACCACAAUACCUGCUCCAGCAGCGGAUGGUGGGGGAGCACAGUGAAGACCACCAUGGUUUGUGCUGGUGGCGGCAGCAAUUCUGGCUGUCAGGGUGACUCUGGUGGCCCCCUGAACUGCAGUGUUGGUGGCCAGUAUGUUGUCCAUGGUGUGACCAGCUUUGUGUCCUCCUCGGGCUGCAAUGCCUACCAGAAGCCUACUGUCUUCACCCGCGUCUCUGCUUACAUCAGCUGGAUGAACAGUAUCAUGGGUUGAGAAGAGUGAUCAUCUCCAUGGAAACACUCUGGAUUCACCUCAGUUUCUUA